AUUUAUUUCCAAAUGGAAAAUUUUCAGCCAUAAAAAAUGCAAGCAAUGCACUUUUGGUGGAAGUCAGCCAAUUUGUACCUAUAUACUCCUACUUUAAAAGUUUUAAGUAACAAAUUGAAGAAAGAGCCCAUUCCCUAUUGCCACCAUCACGAAGUACUUGUACAAAUUAAAAUGAAACAUCUUGAAAGGAGAGCUAUAGUGUGAUUGCCAUGCGCAAUGGUUAGAGAGCUUAAGAAGAGACGUGUUUGAGGCAACCGGAAGAAACCGGAAGAUUAAUAAUUAUGAAAAGCUAUUUGCCCCAGUACUUCCUCGGUUGCACCAGACUGAGGUUUCAGCAUAUCCAUCAUGGCGCCCGAACUUGGGUUUUUGUUAUCUCUAUGUUACUCACCUGAACGUGCUUAAAUAUCUCAAACGAUCAAAGCCAUGAAGAGAUCAAGCCCCGACUAUUCCACCACUGUCGUGGAAGAAAAGCCGGUAGAGACUCUAGAUUAUGGCACUCAAAAUCAGCCAGUUUUGAAAUUGAAGAGGAGUCGACAAGCUCUCGAUGCUUCCAAGAGGCUUGCAUUUGAACUGUCACAGUUCUCUACUCAACAAGAAAUCCUUCAAACUCUUGUAGAUCUCGAAAAAGAGCUUCCUUUAGAGUCGCUAGAAGUUGUGGAAUUCGCCAUUAGAUCUUUGUGGGAGAGGUUUUACCAUACUGAAGACGCUGCUGUUAGGGUGAAAGUUAUUUCUUUGCUUGGAAGUGUGACUAGAUUUCCCGGAGUCAAUGUCCAGGCGAUCGCUGAAGAGUUAAUCAAACUACUAAACGUAAAGGAUGAAGACAGGACUAAAGAUUCUCACAAAGUAUGCUCUCAAAUAUUCGAUACUCUCUUAAGACUUGGAAGACUUUUUGAUGAGGAGGCAAAGAUUGUCCACCACAUUGAGAAGAGUGCCAUUGAGCAUCUUAAGGACCCUCAUUUUUCAGUACGCUGCCGAUGCCUUUGUCUGAUUGGUCAUCUGAAUCAAGGAACAGAAGGCUCCCCAAGCAAGGUGGGGUCUGAACCACAGGUUGUGGCACAGAGCUUGUUAGCAAGUUUUGCAAAAGACAGUGACCCCAGGGUACGAACAAGUGCUUUGCAAGCCUUGCUGACAUUGCAUGACAGAGGGCAGAAACUGGACAUGGCGGUUUAUGAUCAGGCGUCGCUGGCUUUGAAUGAUGACUAUGAGGAUGUGCGUAUGGCAGCCAUCAAGUUAGUUUGGGUUUUCAGUCAGGCUGAUCCUGAAAGGACUGUAAAGUUACCAUCAUCUGAUGAGGUUCGCCUGGUGGACGAUGCCUUUAUAAAGAUCUGGCACAUGGUGAAUGAUCUGUCCAUGACUGUCCGCAGAGAGGCAGCCGGUUUACUUGGCUCUCUUCAUCUCGUUAGUCAAAAGUUUUUGGAGCAGACAUUGGAUAAAAAGCUUAUGUCCCAUCUUAAGAGAAAGAAAACGGAACACGAGAAGCGACGUGAGAUUCACGCCUCGGGGGGAGCAGAUGGCGGGGGGUGGAGCACGGGGCGCACAUGGGGUGACAAGGCCCCUGAACCUGAAAUCGACCCGGAGGGCGUCAGUCUGAUGAGCAGCGGGGCGUGCGGCGCGUUUGUGCACGGGCUGGAAGACGAAUUCAUGGAGGUACGUUCCGCGGCUGUGGAUUCUCUUUGUGAGCUGGCCUAUCGCAAUUCAUCUUUCGCUGUGCAGUCCUUAGACUUCCUGGCUGACAUGAUGAAUGAUGAAAUAGAAAGCGUCCGGCUCAGUGCUAUCAACAGCUUGCGGAAAAUCAGCCAGCACAUUCAGCUGCGUGAGGACCAAUUGGAGACGCUCCUCGGUGUCCUGGAGGAUUUCUCGGGGGAUACCCGAGAGGCUGUGCGUGAGUUGUUAUGUCACUGUGUGUUCGCCACAAGGGCGUGUCUUCACGCUGCCAUUCACGCGUUGCUUGGAAACCUGUCAAAAUAUCCUCAGGAUAAAUCGUCCAUCUGGAGGUGUUCCAAGUUUUUGGGUGAAAAGCAUCAACAUAUUGCUUCCUCGCUUGUACCAGAACUUCUUUCUACCCAUCCAUUUUUUGCCACCCCAGAGCCAUCCAUCGAUGAUCCAGCUUACGUUGCAAUUCUUAUCCUCGUGUUUAACGCUACAGCCAAAAGUCCCACAAUGUUAGCUAUGUUCCCAGAUCACACCACUCGACAUUACGCUUAUUUGCGGGACAGUCAACCCGACCUCGUCCCGCAUCUUGAUAACGAGAAGAGCGUCUCAGAUGUGCAUAGUAAAAGGUUUGAGGAAGGAGGAUCACAAACUGCUAAGAGCUUCUUUGAAAGCGUACAAUUGCGGCUUCAACACGUCACAUCACUUAAGCUAGUAAACAAACAACAAAUAUUGAAAACAGCCAUUCAAGACCUUAAACACGUAAAGAGCAUUGAUUCACGGCUUAGCGCCGAUGCAGAAUGUCUUUGCCUUUAUCUCCAAUGCAAGCUGAUGAUCGUUCAGGCUCAACAAGACAAGAUGUGGACUGUUCCAGCGGCUAUGUGUACUCAUCAAAGUUCUGGUCUCAAAUCCCUGGUUGAAAGCAUCCUGUCGACAUCGUAUCGUGUUGAGCAUACCUUUACUGGUUUGAGUUCUCAGCAAAUCUUCCUUCUUCGACAAUUAAGACUCAUUGCACAUGCGUUACAGAUCUUAGUCACACAGCGAUCUAGUCGAACUAACGAGAGAAACCUAAAUUCCAUGGUACAAGUUUGGGAAUCAUUUUUAACCAGAAUAAAAACCUUCUCCAACUUCAUCAACACAGAGAACAUCAACACGGAUGCUUUCUGCGCAGAGGUAGUUUCGUUUCCCGGUUUCUUCGAGUCCAACAUAACAAAUCCGUCCGGAGUAGUGGAUUAUGUUCAAUCUAUCAUGCUUUCUCAUGAAGUCCCAUGGUUAGAAUUGCACUCUAGCCUGAGCCAGGCAUCUGCAGUACUAAAUGAACCCCGCGGAAGUUCGGAUAAUCCCCUUUGCUUUUCUGCUGGCCUAACACUGGGUAUCAAUGUUGAAGCUAUGUUGGAGAACGUCCCGGAUGCGAGAAAAGUGAGAGUGCAGGUUGUGUUUCCUGAUCUGAGGUGUCAUUGGUUUAUUCCCAAACGUGACGAUAUCCACGUGCUUUCUCCAGCGAAGCAGCGACUUGCCACGACUGUCAUUUUGUCGCACUCGGCAUGGUCAGAACCCGGUUUGGUAGAUGUAUCCUUAGUUCUCAAGUACACACCUGAAGUUGAUGAAGAAAGUGUACUGAAACUCGGUUCACGUGAAGAUAGCUCCACAGAUGUAGAGACGCAAGGUAUAAAGCAGACGAAAAGCGCCAAGGACAGUUUGGUCGACGGCGUAAUAAAUCUUUGUCCACCUGUUCAAGUAUGCAUCAUGCCAAAGGCGCUAAGAUGAGAAAGGACUGGUUGGAUCACAACCAUUGAAGGCUAGAAAGCUCGUCACCCGUUAUACAGGCCUUUUUUCACGCUGUGAUUUAAUGCACGCAUGUUUGCGGUCUGUGACAGUUUCCAAUACCUUCAUGCCUAACUGCACUUACCACGCCAGUUUGUUACCAUCACAUUUUGCCGGGUUCCGCGUCUUUUUUCCCAGCUAAGUGCUUCACUUCGUUCGUGCUUUCGGUUAUCUUCCUUUUUCACGAUUUUGCGCUGCGACCUUCCAUCAAUAUCGCAACUAAGGCAGUAAGAACUUAAUAAGCAUUGUAGCAUUUUUAGACAACAUUUAGUCAAACUACACUGCGACAAAUAAAAUGAAAAAUAAUUUUCAA